AUGGUGGGUGACAGUGCGCGGAACUGGCUUCGGUACGAACGACUAGAACUUACAACUGACAUUGGGACAGCACGGUUAUUCAAUUCCUCGCCUAUAUCCCCGCGAAAAUGCCGAACACUACUUACCAAAAUCGCCGUUUUGCUCUUCACCGGGGAAAAGUUCCCGACGAACGAGGCUACGACGUUGUUCUUUGGCAUCUCGAAACUUUUCCAGAACAAGGAUCCUUCGCUGCGACAAAUGGUAUAUCUGAUCUUGAAGGAGUUGGCCGGCACGGCAGAUGAUGUUAUCAUGUCUACAUCCAUAAUUAUGAAGGAUACUUCCGUUGGAAGCGACGUCCUCUACCGGGCUAAUGCUAUUCGAGCAUUGUGCCGCAUUAUAGAUGCUACAACGGUUCAAGCGAUUGAGCGUCUGAUAAAAACCGCAAUUGUCGACAAAACUCCUUCAGUCUCGUCAGCCGCUCUUGUUUCCUCCUAUCAUCUCCUCCCCGUCGCUCGCGACGUUGUUCGAAGAUGGCAGAGCGAAGCCCAGGAGGCUGCCUCAUCGAGCAAACAGUCCACCAGUUUCCUUGGUUUCACGAGUGGACAAGCGCACCCUAUCUCACAAACGAACUAUAUGACCCAAUAUCACGCAAUUGGUCUUCUUUAUCAGAUGCGUGCUCAUGACAGAAUGGCUUUGGUAAAGAUGGUUCAACUGUAUGGUGCAGCGGGCGCGGUCAAGAGCCCUGGUGCACUUGUGUUGCUUGUCAGGUUGGCUGCUCAAUUGGCAGAUGAGGACCAGAGCCUUCGAAAGCCGAUGAUGCAAAUGCUCGACGGUUGGCUUCGCCAUAAGCAUGAGAUGGUCAAUUUCGAGGCUGCCCGAGCAAUCUGCCAAAUGAGGGAUGUCACAGAUGCAGAAGCGUCCCAAGCGGUUCAUGUCCUCCAACUCUUUCUUUCGUCUCCUCGCCCCAUCACCAAGUUUGCUGCCAUCAGGACUUUUGCACACGUUGACCGUCUGAUGACCCAGAUUCCUGGAUUUAUGGCUGAUACUACCGACGAAUUCAAAAUCACAAUCGUUGAGGCUAUCAGAACACUCUGUCUUAAGUUCCCACACAAGCAAGCUGGCAUGCUUGCGUUCCUUAGCGGCAUACUCAGGGAUGAAGGCGGCUAUGAAUUUAAAAGAAGUGUAGUCGAGAGCAUGUUUGACCUGAUCAAAUUUGUCCCUGGAAGCAAAGAAGAUGCUCUUGCACAUCUCUGUGAAUUCAUUGAAGAUUGCGAAUUCACCAAGCUCGCGGUCAGGAUAUUACAUCUCCUAGGGGUUGAGGGACCCAAGACUUCACAACCGACGAAGUAUAUCCGGUAUAUCUAUAACAGGGUCGUUUUGGAAAAUGCGGUAAUUCGUGCUGCUGCAGUGACGGCAUUGGCCAAAUUUGGUGUUGGCCAAAAGGACCCAGAGCUUAAGAGAAGUGUAAACGUUCUAUUGGCCCGAUGCUUGGAUGACACUGAUGACGAAGUCCGUGAUCGUGCGGCUCUUAACCUACGACUGAUGAAAGAGGAGGAUGAACUGGCGGAACGAUUUAUUAAAACCGAUUCGAUGUUUUCUUUGUCUACAUUUGAACAUCAACUCGUCAUGUAUGUUACGGCGACAGAUAAGGAAACUUUUGCGGCAGCGUUCGACCUCAACACCAUUCCAGUUGUAUCACAAGAGCAAGCCCUUGCUGAAGAGCGAACCAAGAAGCUUACGACUGCGACACCAACUCUCAAGGCCCCAUCUAUGACUCCAUCGAAGGUAAAAUCAACCGCUGGGGUCGAUGGCGUUGCUGCUGUUGCUGCUUCGACCCAAAAAUACGCGGAACAACUUGUCCAAAUACCGGAGCUCAAGGCUUACGGAACACUGCUCAAAUCAUCUACUCCUGUUGAACUAACCGAAAGUGAGACGGAGUAUGUCGUCAGCGCUGUUAAACAUAUCUUUAAGGAACAUAUUGUCUUGCAAUAUGAUAUCAAAAACACGUUGCCGGACACGUUACUUGAGGACGUUUCCGUUGUUGCUUCUCCCCUGGACGACGACGAAUCACUGGAGGAAGAUUUUAUCGUGCCAGCGCCAAAACUUAUGACAAAUGAACCCGGAAUAGUUUAUGUUGCUUUUAAGAAACUUGGAGGAGAACAUAAUUUCCCUGUAACGUCAUUUACGAACAACCUGAAGUUCACUAGCAAAGAAAUCGACCCUACUACUGGCGAUCCGGAAGAGACUGGCUACGAGGAUGAAUAUCAAGUUGAAGAUUUAGAUCUAAUUGGUAGUGACUAUGUCAUUCCUGCCUUUGCUGGAAGCUUCGAUCACGUCUGGGAACAAACUGGUGCCAACGGUGAAGAAGCUAGCGAAACUCUCCAACUUUCCAAUGUGAAAGGCAUUGAAGAGGCUUUCCUACUAACUGUUUGUUCCCUCUUACGCACAGAUGCAACCGAGCAACUUGUUGCAACACUAUCGCUUCAACCACUCGAGGGAACAGACGUGGUCCUCAACAAUACGACACACGCACUUAAAUUGUACGGCAAGACUGUUUCUGGCGGUAGAGUGGCAGCCUUGGUGAGAAUGGCAUAUUCGGCCAAAUCCGGUGUGACGACCAAAGUAACUGUUCGUGCCGAAGAAGAAGGCGUUGCUGCGACAGUCGUCGCAUCUGUUGCCUGA